UCGUUAAAGAUUGGCUUUUAAUAUUUGGUUUUGAAAACUUUAAGUUUUCUACUUUGAAAACGCAUUUUUCCAUUCUUUUGGCUCUGAAGUUUUGUCAUAGGCUUUUUUCUACCGGGAUUGACAUCAGUCAGUGGAGAACUGUCAAACUCAUGCUGACAGGCCGUUCUUUAUGCGGCGUAGGCACGAUUUUUGCUGUGUUUGUAGAGUGAUUCCACGUAUUUCCUGAGGAUGGCAGCCAAGAGGGCUCGUGAGCAAAUCGGUCAGAAUGGCAACCUUCCUCGACAAGGGGAGAGUAGGGCGAGAAUUGGUGCGAGUAACGGGGAUUUGUGUCGGGAAUGGGAGAAUCCGCGAGCCUCGCAAAUGUUCUGUGAUGUGGAGCUGCGAGGUUGCGAAGCGGAGUCGCCAAGGCUUCCGUGUCAUCGCAGCGUCCUCAGUGUGCGCAGUGCGUAUUUCCGCACCAUGUUCCUGUCGGGAAUGAAGGAAUCCACACAGAAAGUUAUUCAGCUCCACAACAUGUCCCACACUGUUUUGUCCCAGUUGAACGGCUACUGCUACAUGGAGGACGUUAUCGUCACUGAAAGCAACAUGCAGUCAUUGUUGAUUGCUGCCGCGUUUCUGGACAUUGGUACCGUCGUGGAUGCUUGCUGGGAAUUCAUGGAGAAGCACAUACACGCAAAGAACUGUCUGAUGCUGUACUGUCUCGCCGAUUCCGAUGCGCACAAGAAUCCCGCGUUAGCCGACAAAGCCAAAGUUUAUGUUCUUAAGCAUUUUGCUGACGUCUCGCAAGGACCGGAAUUUUUGGAGCUGCCGAAAACUACGGUUAUCGACCUGAUCCGCUACGAUACCUUGCAGCAUGAUUUCGAGCAGCGACGCUGGGAGUUUUGGGAGAUGCUGCAGCGCAUUCGGCUGGCGUAUCUGAGUCCACAAUGCCGUGACGAAUACUUGCUGGCCUGCAUUAACGCCUCCAUGGACUAUUCGGGAGCCGAAAAAGCCCUGUCUCACUUGAAAGUCUUGCCUGGAACCAUCAGCGAGGCAUCUUCCACCCUCUACACCGCACGCAAAUCGUAUGAAGUAGACUGCAAGGGAGUUAUCGUUUGUGCCGGCGGUUUCAAGACCUGGACAGUUCUGCUGGACAGCGUGGAAUACUUCAGUCCAAACACUGCACAGUGGACGAAAUUGGCACCGUUACCGUACAAAGUUGCCAAUGCCGGCCUGGCAGUCAUCAAUGGAGAUUUGUUCCUGUGCGGCGGGAUUCUCGGUUUUCGGAUCGGGGAUGUGACGCCAUGGGCACUGCGCUAUGACAGCGCUCGGGCUGUCUGGAAGCAUGUAGCGCCAAUGCACACUGGACGACGCGAUCUGGGUAUUGCCUCGAUGGGCGAUCACAUAUACGUCGUUGGGGGAUUUGACGAUCAUUACCAGGCAGUAGCCACUGUGGAGCGCUACGAUGCGCUCAGCAAUCAAUGGGCAUAUGUGGCAUCCUUACCAAAACCCCUGGCGAAGUCAGUCGUCAUCAGCUUUGAUAGUCAGAUAUUUGCAUUCGGAGGCGACUAUAGGCCGUCGACUAUGGACCGUCUUACCAGGGAACAUAGGGGCCCUCCCCCUUCAGAAGAAUCUCAUUUUUUGCACAAAGGUAGUAAACAUAUGUAG